AUGAACUCCAUGACAUUACGAUGCUGGGCCUUGAUCUUGGCCCUCAUUGUUCAGCCCCUCGUGGCCAUGCGACCAGCGGUCUCCUUGCGGGCCGAUUCGGCGGCCUAUGCCGAGCUGGUGCAGAAAUUGCGCCAGGGCAGAGAGGAUUGCCACUCUGCCAUUGAUGUGGUGUUUCUUUUGGAUGGAAGUUGGAGCGUCAAGAAACCCGACUGGAAGGCGUUGAAAGAAUUUAUGACGAAGACCGUGCAACGCUUCCAAAUUGGCCCAGAGAAGCUCCAAGUGGGCAUUGUGCAAUUCACCGGAAGUGCUCAACAGGAGAUGAACUUCAAAAGCUCCGCAGAGGAGAUCGCUGAGGGGAUUCUGAAUCUGGAGCAGGAGGGCGGUUUCACCAGCGUCAAGGCUGGCUUGGAAGAGACUCAGGAGCUCUUCGAGAAUCACCAUCGGAAGGCGCGGCGCAUCGUGGUGAUGAUCGCCGACGGGGAUGUGGAUGAUGGUUCCACGGAACUGGCACGAGAGAUGGAGGAGGAAGACGACACCAUCAUCUUCAGUGUUGCUGUUGGCGAAGAGGCCAAGAUCGAGGAGCUCAAGGAGGUGGCCACCAACGGAAACCUUUUCUUCAAGGUGGAGAAUUAUGGCAGCCUGGACCGGAUCGUGAACAGCAUCUCCAAGUACAGCUGUGAGGUGGCCGAUGAGGCAGCCGACACGAAGAAGGUGAAAGACAUCGACUUCGAAGCUUUGAAGGUUUGCCUCCUGCUGCAAUAUUUGAUCAUGUUGGUUCUGUUAAGGGCUUUGUGGCUGGCAUGGAGGGCAGAUGGCCAUUCCACCAUUCCAUCAGACAAGGUUUGGUUGUUCUACCGUCUCGCCCUUGCCGCCAAAACUGGAACUGGAGUGUUGGGCGAAUUUCUUUGCAAUUCCUUGCCUGUGCAGCCGCCGGUCAGAACUCGGCAACGAGAUGUUUUUCCCUUGGCCCCGCUUGGUGGUAGCAUGCUGAAGCCUGUAGACAUGACAAGUGGCAGGUGGAGCGUGCUCCUCCAAUUCAUCAACGUGGUCAUUGGCAUUCUGAACUGGUUGCACGGCAUAAAGCAGACAGUGCCGACUGGCAAGCACACGUUCGCUCAACAAGCAGUUUUGAAAAACAUCGUGGAUCGCACAGUGUGGACACUCACACGCCUGCAACAUGCGCAAGAUGGCUGGGAGCGGUUUGUGCCAGAUUUUGUGCCAGGUUUCACUGCAGGUACAACUUCUUUCCAAGACUUGGUUGCUGACAGGGUGGACAACUUGCAAGCGGCUGGCUUAUGCGAUCCUUUGCCGCACUUGCCAGCCCAUGUGCGGGCCAGCUUGGCAACACCUGAAGGAAUCCUUGACAACAGCGAUGAUUCUUUGCGUGUUUUUGAACCUUUCUCCUUAAGGGUAUGGCACGGCCGGCGUGUUUCAGAAUCAGCUUCUGCACCUCCAAAGCCGAGACACUUGGCUUCCCCAACUGCGUUGACCUUUCUGGAGUGCAGCGAUGGAAGACCACUACGCCUUAGCAAGCGCGAUGCUACGUGUUGGUUUGACCAGUUGAAGCUUCCCAGCUCUCUUCGUCGAUACAUGGCCAAACCGCCCAUCUCCACAGUGGAACUUGUCAAUGCUGGAAUGUCAGUGGCGGAUCAGCGGCAGCACAUGGAAGAUGGACAUGCUUGGCGCGAAGGUUUGCUAUAUCCUUUGCACUGCGUCUGGCCUAUGGGAUUUUCUUGGUCUUCUUACAUAGCCCAAGAAGAGAUGCUGAGUGUUUGUCAAGAUGCUGGCAUACCAACUUCAUCUCUCUUGGCUUGUGAUUGCGUGACACCUACAUCGUUUGAGCUUGUUGCUGCGGUGGCCACCGAUCAUGUCAUGAUUUUCAGCGACGCUGGCCCUGGUGCCACCUGUGAAGCAGCAAGAGCUUUCGAUGCAGCUAUGGAUGCACGAUGCGCAGUCCGAAAUCUUAAGAAGGACGUUGACGACGCGCUCUGUGGCGAGCGCGAAAGUGAAGCAGCUCUAGGCUGCACGGAGUUUUUCGGAAGCCCUGCCUUUGUGGGCAAGGAAAGCAGCUUUGUCGCAACGACGCCCUCCGAGAGUGAAUCGGGUGAAUCGGCCCAUGGUGCAACGAGUGAAACACUCUCGCAUAGUCAGCUUGACAAUGCCAAGUCUUCGCUGGGCACCGGCACCCAGACAGCCUCCCAAGGUACUCAGAUUGGCACCGCUACCCAGACAGCAUCCCAAGGUACUCAGAUGGGAGAACAGAAGUCAUCAGUUGUCACUGGCGCCCAGACAAUGUCUCAUAGUACACAGACGGAGGAGCAGAAGUCUUCACUUAGCACCAACACCCAGGCAGCCUCCCAAGGUGCUCAGAUCGGCACCGACACCCAGACAGCCUCCCAAGGUACUCAGAUUGGCACCGACACCCAGACAGCCUCCCAAGGUACUCAGAUUGGCACCGCUACGGGAGAACAGAAGUCAUCACUUGUCACUGGCGCCCAGACAAUGUCCCAUAGUACACAGACGGAGGAGCAGAAGUCUUCACUUAGCACCAACACCCAGACAGCGUCCCAAGGUACUCAGAUUGGCACCGCUACCCAGACAGCCUCCCAAGGUACUCAGAUGGGAGAACAGAAGUCAUCAGUUGUCACUGGCGCGCAGACAAUGUCCCAUAGUACACAGACGGAGGAACAGAAGUCUUCACUUGGCACCAACACCCAGGCAGCAUCCCAAGGUGCUCAGAUCGGCACCGACACCCAGACAGCCUCCCAAGGUACUCAGAUGGGAGAGCAGAAGUCUUCAGUUGGCACCAGUACCCAGACACUCUCACAUUCGCAGAUCGACAACAUAAAGUCUUCAGUUGACACUGGAACCACUCAAAUGGAAGACGACAAAUCUGCCAGCCUCGGCACUCAGACACUUUCUCAUUCCAAAAUCAAUCCGGAAUCUUCGCUCUACAGCCAGAGCACUGACAGCACUCACACUCACACACUCUCCCACAGCCAGAUCGACGAUACCAGAGUUUCCCACAGCCACGGCACCGAGACCGGCUGGUAUGGUCAUCAGAUGUCAAGUGCUGGCCAGCAGUCUAAUUCCUAUAACUUCCCCGGGGGCGUUCAGGUGAUCAUCACGCCCUACCAGGGCGCGGCUGCGGGCACUUUGCCGAGCACGGCGCCUGUGCCGCUGAACGUGGCUCCGACUUACACCUCUGUCCAGACGCCAGUUCAAGAACCUGCGCCAUACACGCCACCAGAGACUGAGCCAGUCGAGCCUGUCGAAGAACAGAUAGAGUACACGCCACCGAAGACGGUCCAGACACCAGUGGAAACUGAGCCACUUUCGCCGGAGACAGCGACCAAGCCUUCGGGAGAGGUUCGAUUGCUACUUCCUUCCAAGGCCAAGGAGGAAGAACCAAAGGUUGUGGUCUCGGACUUUGUGAAAAAUGCCAUGGCCAGCGCCUACCACACGGCCCAAGAUGAGCUGGAAGCAGAGGACAUCAGUCAGCCCUAUGUGCCUCCGAGCACGCCCACGGUGGGUGCCCCGACACCGACCCAACCAACGGCGAACCAGGGUGAAGCCUUGGCGACGAAGACCCACCAAGAGUGCUUCAUCCAAGAGACCGCCAAGAAGUUCAUGCCAGUCUUGGAGGGUUGGUUGCUUUUGACCUCCCUCUCCAAGCGCCUCAUGUGGGAGGAGCUCGGCAGCGUCUUGGCCACGUUCCAGCAUUACGUGAGCGAGAAGGUGGCGGACACCGUGAGGUCUUCCUUGAGUCCUAUGACCUUCGCAAGGACCUUGGGCAAACAUUUGCAAGAUGCGGUGGAGCAGGUGAAUUUUGCGCGUGCUCAGCUGAUUAAAGCGGAGUACGACGACUGGAAACAGCUGGGUCUGGAGAACUACAUCUAUCGUGUGGAUGAGAAGCAGAAGGCGGUGCUAUUGAAGUUGAAAGAUGACCUUUGCUAUGGUAUGGUCGACUUCAUGGAGAAGGUGCAAGCAGUGGAGACGGCCAACCCAGCUCUUCGAGAUCCCAUGUUCUUGUGGCACAUGUGGCAGGAGUCCUGGGGCGCGGUUCGAGUCUUCGUCAAGGUCACCACACAAUGCAGAAUCGAGAUCCCCAAGGGCGAGGAUCCCAACUCCUUCAUGACGCGCAUCCAUCAGAACAAGUGGAAGAAGUGCAAGGGAGCCUUUCAUUUCAAAGAGGACGAAUUCCCCUCGGCGGUGAUGUCUUGUGCACGCUCGGGUGAAGAAGAUCCGAGUCUUUUCGGGAAGGAUAGGAACCGUGUGGUCCGCUACUUCGGCUGCGGGAAGAACCGUGUGAACGUCGAGCCGCCGGUGGACAAGGGCGUCACCGAAAGCUGCAUGCAGACGGAUGACCCGGAGGUGAAGAGCUUCAUGUAUACGAUGUGCCCGCAAAAUGGCAUCAGCACCAAGAGCUGCCGAUUGUACGGCCCCUUCUGGGGUGUCUACAGCCAUCCGGCCUUCUCUUUGUAUGGUUACCACAGCCUGGAAGAGAAGAAGGAGUGUGAGCAGAAGAGGGAUGAUGGUGCACCACCUGCUGAACAAUGCCCUGAGCCACAAGCCGUGGCCUUCCGCGAGCAGGCCAACGUGGCGAUGGCGGACUACAUUUAUGGCACGCCACCGCCUUUGACCAUUUCCAGAAGCAGAGCAUGGCAGCAGGGCAACCGAAAGGUCACUGAGAGCAGCUGGAUCCCGGAGGAUAUGGCCUAUCCCUUGCCACAAGACCGGCAGCUGGAUCCACCUCUGUGGGAGAUGCUCAGGGAGGCCGAAGUGGGUGAAGGCCUUAUGAUGAUCAGCUACGGCUACUCCGGGGCUGGGAAGACCACCACCCUGAUCGGCGACGCGACCGCGCCGGUGGGCGGCGGCCGGGGUAUCGAUGGGGUCUUGUCGCUCUACUUGAAGGAGAAUGCGAGAAAGAUCGAUGACGUGCAGGUGCGCAUCUUCGAGGUCUAUGGCCGUGUGAACGCCUACAACGGGCGCAUGCAGAAGAAGACUGGCAGUGGGAUCUGGGGCUACAACCUCCGUGAGAAGACCUCCACUUACCUGGGCGAUUCAACGGCGUUUGAAGACGACGAGGGUGAAGGCAAUCUCGACCUCCCCAAGUUGGAAGCUGCUUUGAACAACGAUGAGUUCACAUUUAGCAUCAAGGCCCAGACGCCGCCCUCUCUGAGUGGAUCCAUCGCGUGGCAUGAGCAGGUGAAGGAAGUGCUUACAACCAUUGAGGACAUCCGCCUGGACGAGGAUCAGUUCAAGGCAGGUGGUGAGCCCAUCGCACACAUCCGCGGCACGGUGAACAACCCCAAGUCCUCCCGCGGAACGCUCUUCGUACUGACCAACGUCUAUUUCAAGUCAGGCGUCAUGGCGCCGAUCUCCACAGUGGACCUCGCAGGCUCCGAAGAUCCGGCAGUCAUGGUCUCCGGCUUCUUGCAGUUCAAGCUGAAUCCAGGCGUGCCGGAAUGUGAUCCUGAGUCUGGGAAGCAGCCAUCAGACCUGAUGAACAUGUACUUGGCCACACUCAGCUACUAUGACCAAAUGGCUGGACCUCUGGCAUAUUGCUUUGACCUCAAGGAUGUCUUGAUGGAGUGCGAUCGCGCCAAUCCCGCGCGAGGAUGUGUCGAUGACCCCAGGGGCGUGGACGUGCCGAAAGUCUUCGAGUACGUUGGAGAGAACUUCGAGAAGAAGAAGUUCAAGGCAAGAUUCAAGCAGGAGACCAUUCUCGCUGCUUUGGAAGAAGGCGACGUGCCGGGCAUCACCGAGCUCCGCGCAGAGUCCAAUCCCUUGGGUGCAGAGUACAACUGGGUCGAACGCCUUUGGGGCCGCAAAAUGGUCGGCAAGGGUGAGAAGCGGAAGCUCGUUGAGAGCGGCCCAGCAAUGAUGGACGAGAAGGUCUUUGGCAAAAAGCUUGCCACCAGAGAUUACACGGAGAACGGGAACGACAAGCCACGCCUCGGCUUGGUGGAAAUCCCCAAGAUGCUUCUGAGUACCAAGACUAAGACCUGGCACGAUGAGAAGUCCUCCAGGGGCUUGCAGGAAAAGACGACGAUCUGGAAAGAGCAGCGUGAGAAGUUCUUCCGAGCCGUCCAGGACUAUGUGGGACGCUACAAUGCUCAGGAAGCCAACAAGGAGUUCGAUCGCCACCUGCGCUACUUCGCUUCUGCCAUCGGGCCCAUUGUUGAGGAGGCGUUCUUCAUCAAUGAAGCUUUGAACGACAUGAAAGGCUAUUUGGGCAUUUGGGCCAAGACAAGUCAGCAGGCGCCGGCGGGAAGCAUCUUGAACAUUUGGCCUCCCAGUGAUUUCAGUGUCAAGGGCAAGAUCAACCAGGUGGUCGACUACUCGGAGAAUGGCCGCAUCCGGGAGCAGGGCUACAAGAUCUACGACUACAUCAAGCCAGCAGAUGCUCUCGCAAGCUAUGCUGAAGACCUGGCGCAUGGAAAGGAUGGCAUCAUGUUGGUCACCAUGUUGGAAUACAUCCGACGCAUUUCUGUACACAGGAAGCGCAACACCAAAGUCUUAGUGGGGACCUUUAUCCGCUCGGAUAUCCCGGGUGCCGACCUGGACUGCGACGGUGCCCGGGCCUCCCUGGAGUUCGCUCAGGACUUGAGCGACAUGGUGGGUUGGAGCCGAGGACUUCCCGGAGUUAUGUGGCAUCUCCACUGAGCGGGAACAGCCCGCUGAAGAAGGCCUGGUUUGGUGGUGAAGAACGCCAAGGACAAGGAAAAACACCCGCAGAGCAAGAGAAGGAACCUGAAGAAUGC